UGGGCGCGUCCAAUAAUGACUUGGGGCUCCCGGCAAGUAACAUGACUAAAAAGAAGCGGGAGAAUGUGGGCGUCGCUCUAGAGAUCGAUGGGCUGGAGGAGAAGCUGUCGCAAUGUCAGAGAGCCCUGGAAGCUGUGAACUCUAGGCUCCAUGGGGCCGAGCUGAGCCCAGAGGCCAGGAGGUCUCUGGAGAGGGAGAAGAACAGCCUGAUGAACAAAGCCUCCAACUAUGAGAAGGAGCUCAAGUUGCUUCGGCAGGAGAACCGGAAAAACAUGCUUCUGUCUGUGGCCAUCUUCGUCCUCUUGACCCUUGUCUACACCUACUGGACCAUGUGAGCCUGAGAUUUCUCCAGUCAGCACACGUUUCCCCUCAGCUCCCUGGUCACUACCAAGCAGGCCCUUCAAGCCUUAGGAGGACCAAGGUACAGGGGCAUUUCUCCCAGACCCAGACACUGGAGCAAGGCUUCCCGUCAGCCCAGCCCCUCUUGCCUCCUGGUCCUGCUAUGGGGCCUGGGUCUCCAGAAGGACUGUGUGCUGGCCCCUCCCUUAGCCCAAGGGAAUGGCAAUAAAGAACAUCCACGCUG